AUGGCACUCCAGACGACCUGGAACCUCGACCAGACAUCCAACUCCUUGAUCGGGGUGUCGAAGGGAGCAUUGCAUGCUGCAACAACCGAUAAUGUGCAGCCGCUGGCGAUUCUGGCCUGUGAGCAGUUCGGCAAUACGCUUGCCAUGUGCCCAGCCACACUCCGAAAGAUCGAGCACUCUGUCCUACCCGCGCCGGAGCCUAGAAUGCUGUCAUUUGUCAAGUCUACCGUCGGAUGGAGUAAGAAUGACUGUAUCUCAUACUUCGGUCAGAAUAUUGCCGGACUGCAGUUUCUCGGUCUAGCAGCCGCUCUUGUAACGCAUAGGGAUCUUUAUCGUGCUGCUCAGACCUUGCAAGCGCUGCUAGCUAGUACCGCCAAUGACAAGACGCUCCUCCCAACAGCCCGACAGAUCACACACCUUCUCACCAGCCUCGAGUCUAGGUGUCAUCUCGCAGGCUUUGCGGAUGAUGUUGAGGGGUGGCGAUUACUCUUAGCCAAACAUCCAUCUACGAGUGACCCCAAUGUGUUCAGUAGGUUAGCUUCACCGAGGCCUAUACCAAGCAGUGAUGCAAUGGUUAGUCUGGUUGACGCACUUCGUCACCUUGGUCGAGUUGGGGGAGCUGAUGUCAUGGGAAUCACGCUGACAGCGGGGACCGGUGCCCCGUGGAUUAUCGGAUUCGUGAAAUGGAGCCUAGGGCAGCCACCAACAAUCCGGUGUAAGGCAAACGGCGGCACACUCCUCGAACACCCUGACUCUAGGGUUACCGUCAUCAUCUCCAACGGGGCUGUGAUGGACUCUCCAUCACCAUACAUUCCUCUAUCCACAGCCCUGCCGAACUACUCGUUCCAGGGGAGGGCCAACCGUACGCUGGGAUGGUUGACCUCCGGACGUAUGGGCAGGGGCUCUUGCAUGAUCAUCGAUUUACUUCCGGUCUGGCCAAAGAGGCAUUUCAACAGGCCAUGCCACCGGCUCUAUGCCAGGCAAUGGUGGCGAUUUUACGUCGGUCAUAUUCUGGAGAUCACUGGCCGCCGGAAGGUACUGCCAAUGGGUCGCUUCCGGACAUAUCUGGGUCCGCGUUCAGUCUGA